AUGAUCAGUCUGUUGCACGGUAUAUACAUAUAUAUAUUUUAAAAGUCAUUUUAUCGAAGUUGGAACAUUGAAAGAUGAAGAAAUCCUGAAAAUUCCGUCGACCAAGAAUAUUUUUACUCGAUUCAAAGAAAAGGGUAAGUAAAAAUUCGAACAUUGAAAUAAAACAUACAAACGGAGAAACAUUUUCAAGCAUAAGUUAAACGUAAAGAUCAGUAUAAUACAUCGGGAAUUAUUCGUUUGUUGCUUGGAGAUAAUCGAGAAAUAACCGUGCAUCUUGUCGCGAAAUAAAUGGUACCAAAAUUUAUGUUUCAGCGCUCGUUGCAGUUAACAUUCGUACACAACGUACGAACGAACACGAUUAACCCAUUAAAGGCCAACGAUGUGUGAGCGCAACAUUUCAUCUGCAAUUUUUUUUUUUCUCCCCUAAUUAUUCCACAUCGCCGGAUCUGUUUCUGACUGCGUGAUGAGAAUUCCAAGAAUACGGUGUUAUCUCUCCUCGACGAUGAAACAAAAUUAAAAGAGAUGAACCUUUUAAACCUGUCGCAAUCGUACGGGAUAAUUCACAUUCGUACAAAGAAAAGGGCAUCUGUCAAUUAAAAAUUCUGACAAAUAUUCUGUUCGAAUAACAUUCGAAUGUGGAAGUUUCUGUGAUACUCGCGAGAAAUGGAGCAACAACUCGUGGACGUGAGAUAAAUCUCGGCUGAUUACAAACGUGAAAUUAGCAACGUCAUUCCAGAAUCCUCUGUUUUCAAGACGAGUUGCUGUUGCACGAUGAUCAAGAGUAAAGAGUUCACUGGGUUAGAGAGUGACUUUCGCAAGAUCACGCGACAAAUUUAUAGACCUUGGAAAUUACACAUCACCGUUCGAGAGCUUAUCUUUCUCUCUCUUUCUCGAAUGACCCCGUAUCAACGCUUCGUGGCCCGUUCGAACGUUAUCGUAGGUCGAUGUCGUUCACAGAGAAGAGACGCGGCCAAUCAAAGACAAAAAUCGUUUCAAGAUUUCUAUGACGGUCUUUCUCAUUGAAUCGUAACGUUUACAACGAGUUGCAAUUACAGUUUGCAAUUUUUUAAAAUAGAAUUUACAUGUGUAUUUUCAUAGAUUAUUUUGUAAAUUUAUACUCGUAUGCGAAAUUUAAAUACAACUGAAUGAAGUUUGCUGCCCGAAUCCUUUUAAAUAUCGGUGUCGAAACGUUUUUCAUAUUUAAGAUAAAUCUCCUCGAUAAUUGGACUUCACGUUAGAAAAAUUUUCAGAGAUUAUUCCAAAGAUUUCAUGCAUUUUGUAUAUCUUCAGAUUAAUACGUCACGCAAUGUUUAUUUGGGUUUAGAUUUUAGAAUGAAUUUUGUAAAAGAACAUUAUUUUAUCAGUUUCCCUAUUUUUUCAUUUCCUUAGAAUUAAUCAAUUUGGUAGAAAUGGUUUACUUGUAUAUAUACGUGUCCUUGGAAACCUUAAAACACUCAUUAAAACGUACACUAUAACUACCUACUAUCAUUCUUUCGUUUGAUUGCUAUUUUAUUAUUAUUUUGUAUUUAUAGGUUUUUACCUGUAGUUGUUCCAGUCUAGUUCUAAAUCCUACUUUGUACAUAAUCAUA